AUGUCAUUUGUUGACUCUUCUACCAAGGACGAGUUGGGGGAAGGCGAGCCCUUUGACCCCACGUUUGUGCUGAGUCGCGCAGUGUCCAACAUUAUCUGUUCCGUGCUCUUCGGCAGCUGCUUCCACUACGAUGAUGAGCGUCUGCUCACCGUUAUCCGCCUUAUCAAUGACAACUUCCAAAUCAUGAGCAGCCCCUGGGGCGAGUUGUACAACAUCUUCCCGAGCCUCCUGGACUGGGUGCCCGGGCCGCACCAACGCAUCUUCCAGAACUUCAAGCGCCUGAGAGACCUCAUCGCCCACAGCGUCCACGACCACCAGGCCUCUCUAGACCCCAGAUCUCCCCGGGACUUCAUCGACUGCUUCCUCACCAAGAUGGCAGAGGAGGAGGACCCGCUGAGCCACUUCCACAUGGAUACCCUAUUGAUGACCACACAUAACCUGCUCUUUGGCAGCACCGAGACGGUGGGCACCACGCUGCGCCACGCCUUCCUGGCACUCAUGAAGUACCCGAAAGUUCAAGCCCGCGUGCAGGAGGAGAUCGACCUCGCAGUGGGACUCCCGCGACUGCCAGCGGCGCUGGAAGACCGCACCACCAUGCCUUACACAGACCCGGUGAUCCACCAGGUGCAGCGCUUUGCAGACAUCAUCCCCAUGAACUUGCCGCACCGCCUCACUCAGGACACAGCCUUUCGCGGCUUCCUGAUACCCAAGGGCACCGAUAUCAUCACCCUCCUUAACACCGUCCACUACGACCCCAGCCAGUUCCUGACGCCCCAGGAGUUCAACCCCGCGUUUUUGGAUGCCAAUCAGUCCUUCAAGAAGAGCCCAGCCUUUAUGCCCUUCUCAGCUGGGCGCUGUCUGUGCCUGGGCGAGUCGCUGGCGCGCAUGGCUCUUUACCUCACCGCCAUCCUGCAGAGCUUCUCGCUGCAGCCGCUGGGUGCGCCCGAGGACAUCGACCUGACCCCGCUCAGCUCAGGUCCUGGCAAUUUGCCAAGGCCUUUCCAGCUGUGCCUGCUCCCAUGCUAAUGCCCCGGCCUUUCCAGAUUAGCCUGUGGGUGAUGAGGCCCAUCCAUGUGGGUUGCUCCGUCUCCUUCUUGGUCCACAGUCUGCCCCCGUCCCUCUGGCAGUCACGCUGUCUUCCCUACACGCUGUGCCUGCCACGUGCCCAUCCCCCAUCUCUCCAAUCUGUACCCGGUCUGCAGGGCAGAGGGAGAUGUGUGGAAGAUGUGUACCCACAGAGCUUGUUCUAUGGCACGCCCUUUUCUAGGCUUUUCAUAUCAUUUCUUAGUACAUUUGUAAUAGAUUCAAACCAGUCUUGGCUGAA